AUGGGCUUCUUCCUCAUGGGCUUUCUCCUCAUGGGCUUCUUCUUCAUGGGCUUCCUCUUCGUAGGCUUCCUUCUCAUGGGCUUCCUCUUCAUGGGCUUCCUUCUCAUGGGCUUUCUCCACAUGGGCUUCCUCUUCAUGGGCUUCCUUCUCAUGGGCUUUCUCCACAUGGGCUUCCUCUAUAUGGGCUUCUUCCUCAUGGGCUUUCUCCUCAUGGGAUUCUGCUUCAUGACCUUCCUCUUCAUGGACUUCCUUCUCAUGGGCUUCUUCCUUCUGAGCUUCCUCCUCAUGGGUGUCCUCCACAUGGGAUUCCUAUUUAUGGGGUUCCUCUUCAUGGUAUUCCUCUUCAUGGGCUUCCUCCUCAUAAGCUUCCUCCUUAUGGGCUUCUUUCUCAUAGGCUUCUUCUUCAUGAGCUUCCUCUUUGUGGACUUCCUUUUAGUGGGUUUCCUCCUCAUGGGCUUCCUCAACAUGGGAUUCAUCUUCAUGGGCUUCCUCCUCAUGAGCUUCUUCUUCAUGGUCUUCCUCUUCAUGGACUUCCUCUUGAUGGGCUUAUUCUUCAUGAUCUUGCUAUUCAUGAGCUUCCUCCUCAAGGGCUUCCUCUUAUUGCCAUUGGUAGGAAGCUGGUCACUUUUAGUAUAG